ACAUCGCGUAAACAGAUUUUGCCUUGCACUUAAUUUAAUUAAAUUGUUACUUCACAUUUAUGAAAUGAUAUGCCGACUUUGUCUCGAAGAUGCCCAGCACAGUGUCCCCAUCUUUGACUGCGACGACAGCCUAAUGCAGCCAUCGCUGUCCAACCUGGCCGAAUUGAUAGAGAAACACCUGCAGUUGGUUCUGAUGCCCAACGAUGCCGUGUCCAAGUGCCUGUGCACCAAAUGCUGGCAGCAGCUGGCCGACUUUGAGCAAUUCUGCGCCAUGGUGAUGAAGAAACAGCUGGGGCUGCCGCUGAAGCAGGAGCCUUUCUCGGAUGACGACGAGGACACCAAGGCACAGAUAUUGUGCGAGCCAGAGAUAGAUGUGAGCCCCUCAGCCGAUACAAACGAAUACAAUGAGAUCGACAUAGACACGAAACCACUGCCAAGCAGUGGCAGGACGACGACCAGGCGAAGGGUUCGCCUUCCGUCGCCCAUACGCCGCAGCAUGCGUCCCCGCGCCGCCCAGAAGGCCAGGCCAUUAAAAGCGAAGGCGAAACCAAAACCAAAGCGUCAGAUUGAGUCGGACCUGGACAUCAGAAGCAGCAAUAGCGGCGAAAUGGAUAGCUAUAUUGCGGCACACGGGCGCCUGGAAUGCUGCCAGUGCGGCGGCGACUCUCAGUUUCAGAACUUUGCAGAGCUCAAGCGUCAUUACCGGAGCGAGCACCAGACGGCCGGAUAUGUAGUGUGCUGUCAGAGGCGCUACAAGAAGCGUGCUCUGUACGUGGACCAUCUGAGAAUGCACAACAAUCCCGAUUACUUUAGAUGUAAGAUUUGUGCAAAGCAGCUGGUCAGCAGAAUAAGCUACGACGUCCACAUGCUGCGAUUUCAUUCCAACGAGGACGAGCUGAGCUUCGCCUGCGACAAGUGUUCAAAGCGGUUCUCAAAGCAGUUCCUGCUGACCAUCCACGCCCGUGUCCACCAACAGGAGCGCACUGAAAAGUGCAAGCACUGCGACAGAUCAUUCCGCACUGCUGUAGAUCUGCGCCUUCACAUGCGUCGCACACACGAUCCCACCUUUGUGCCCUUCAUCUGCGACUCCUGCGGCUCCAAGUUCAAGACGAAGCAAAAUCUCUUGGUGCACAAGCGCACCGUUCACCGUGAAGGCUCACAGCUACCGGAGGUGCAGUGUCAGGAGUGCCAGACGUGGCUGAGCGACGAGAACAGUCUGCGUAAGCACAUGUACAUGCAUCGCGAUGCGGCGUCUACGCGUGAAUGGAAGUGCGGACAGUGCGGCCUGGUGAAGGACUCGCGCGCCAAGCUUGCGGCCCACAUUCGGUACCAUCACCCAAAGGAGUAUCACAAGUGCACACACUGCGGGAAGGAGUUCAAGAGCAGUCGCGGCCUUGAGGAGCACACGGCCACACACACCGGCCAGGACCUUUACGAGUGUGCCUUCUGUGAGCGCACCUUCAAGAAUUCGGGCAACAUGCACAAGCACCGGCGGCAGAUGCAUGCCCCCCAGGUUGCCGCACUGCAGCAGCAGAAAAAGGUACGUCCGAGCAAGCGGAAGGAGAAGGGCUCCCUGAUGCUCUUGGAUGAAGGGGAUAACGAAAUAAAUGACUGA